GAGGAUGAGACAGCAUUACACAUCUGCCGGCUUACUUGGUGCACCUUAACAUGCAGGCCCAUGCCCAUGCUUAUGCUGUUUGUAUUGUAUAUAUAAACCAUAUACGUACCCAGACUACAUAGAUGUGGCUCCUCUUAUCUAACUUCACACCUAUUUCCUAAUUUCUUCUUCUUUUUUUAAUUGCUUCCAAACAAUGUCUGCUUUCUUACUCUUCCUAUUAUGCUUUCUGUUCUUCUUCUCUCGCCUUUCAUCUGCAGCUGUUCCUGCGUAUCUCGAUGGACUUCUUCCAAAUGGAAACUUUGAGCAACCUCCAAAGCCGUCAAAUUUGAGGAAAACAGUGAUCAUAGGAAGAUACUCCCUGCCCAAAUGGGAAAUCAGUGGCUUGGUGGAGUACGUCUCGGGUGGGCCUCAGCCACGAGGGUUCUACUUCGCGAUCCCUCGUGGGUCCCAUGCGGCGAGGCUAGGAAAUGAGGCAUCCAUAUCACAAGUUGUGAGAGUAAAAGCAGGUAAACUUUACUCUCUAACCUUUGCAGCUACAAGGACUUGUGCCCAAGAUGAGGUGCUUCGGGUUUCGAUUCCUGGUCAGUCAAGUGAUCUUCCCAUUCAGACUUUGUAUAGCACUGAUGGAGGUGAUACCUAUGCCUGGGCUUUCAAGGCUCCUUCAAACAGAGUCAAGGUCACUUUUCAUAACACGGGUAUUCAAGAAGAUCCCACUUGUGGCCCUCUUUUAGAUGCUGUUGCAAUCAAGGAGAUGCAACCUCUAAGAUACACCCGAGGGAACUUGGUGAAAAAUGGCGAGUUUGACAUUGGCCCCCAUAUUUUCAAGAACUACUCAACAGGGGUCCUUCUCCUUCCGAAAAAGCAAGACAAGCAUUCUCCUCUCCCUGGAUGGAUAGUCGAGUCCAUCAAACCCGUAAAAUACAUUGAUUCCAAGCACUUUACAGUCCCCUCCGGAUCAGCUGCCAUUGAGCUAGUUGGAGGAAGAGAAUGCGCCAUUGCUCAAAUCAUAAGAACUGUGCCCAAUAAAAUAUACAGCCUUUCGUUCAUGGUUGGAGAUGCCAAAAAUGGCUGUCACGGGACAAUGGUGGUCGAAGCAUUUGCAGCCAGGAGCACUUUAAAAGUUGAUUUCACAUCUCUAGGGAAUGGAGGCUUCAAAAAAGCAAACAUGAGGUUUAAAGCGAUCUCAGCUAGAACAAGAAUCACAUUUUACAGUCCAUAUUAUCACACAAAACUUUAUGACUAUGGUCACAUUUGUGGCCCUGUUGUGGACAAUGUUAGAGUUGUGUCUGUGAGGUAUCAAAGUUAAAAAAUGUGGUCUAACUGGGAAAUUAUCAAUUUUAAUUCAACUUAUAUGUAGUCAUUGCCUUGCUUUCACUUUCCAUCUUGUAUCACCAUAAGGUUGCUUAAGUUACAUUUUCAAUAUUACCAGUACAGUGUGGCUUGAAGCCAAGAAUA